ACGGGGACGGGGGGCGGGCAGCCUGUCUCCCUCCUCCCCCCGCUCCGGCUCGCCCGCCCGCGGAAGCCUCGCCGAGGCUCCCGCAUUGCACCGCACAGCCGCGCCGUGCCGUGCGCGGGGCUCGGCGCUGCCCACCGCGCCCCGCCGGCGCCCCCGGCUCCGUCCCCGCUCCCGGCCGGCGGUAUGAGCGCCGGCGAGGCGAAGGAGUAUCUGGCCCGCAGGGAGAUCCCGCAGCUUUUCGAGAGUCUGUUGAAUGGCUUGAUGUGUUACAAACCUGAUGACCCAAUUGAAUAUCUGGAAAGCUGUUUGCAAAAAGUGAGAGAGCUUGGAGGGUCAGAAAAAGUGAAAUGGGAUACUUUUGUCAGCCCAGAAAAGAAGACGCUGCCUCCACUCAAUGGAGGACAAACCAGGAGGUCUUUUUUCAGAAAUGUGAUGCCUGAUAAUUCUAACUUCCCUUACCGACGGUAUGACAGACUCCCUCCAAUCCAACAGUAUUCCAUAGAAAGUGACACCGACCUCUCUGAAACUGCUGAGCUAAUUGAGGAAUAUGAUGUAUUUGAUCCUGCAAGACCUCGACCAAAAAUUAUCCUUGUCAUAGGUGGCCCGGGAAGUGGUAAAGGAACACAGAGUUUGAAAAUAGCAGAACGUUACGGAUUUAACUACAUAUCAGUUGGUGAAUUGUUAAGGAAGAAGAUCCACAGCACAAGCAGCAAUAGAAAAUGGUGUCUAAUUGCCAAAAUAAUUACUACUGGAGAACUGGCCCCUCAGGAAACAACCAUAACUGAGAUAAAGCAGAGAUUAAUGCAGAUCCCUGAUGAAGAGGGUAUAGUGAUUGAUGGAUUUCCCAGAGAUGUUGCCCAGGCAAUCUCCUUUGAGGACCAAAUCUGCACCCCAGAUUUGGUAGUGUUUCUGGCAUGUUCCAGUCAAAGGCUGAAAGAAAGGUUACUGAAGCGUGCUGAACAGCAAGGGAGACCUGAUGAUAACCUGAAAGCCACUCAAAGAAGACUAAUGAACUUCAAGCAGAAUGCUGUCCCACUGGUUAAAUAUUUCCAGGAAAAAGGGCUGAUCAUCACAUUUGAUGCAGACAGAGAUGAAGAAGAGGUGUUCCUUGACAUAAGUACAGCAGUUGACAAUAAACUAUUUGCAAACAAAGAGGCUGCAGCAGGGCCAAAUGAACUCGAUUGCAGUCUAAUUAUGGAUUCAGGAGAUAAUGUUUAUACAGAAUUUGACUUUGAAGACCAGGAGGAGGAUCAGUCAAGUUUUUCUGGUUAUGAGAGCACAGGAGACUUUUCAGAAGAGCUGAGGAAAUCAAACAUAAUUUUUGUAUUUGGUGGCCCUGGCUCUGGCAAAGGUAGCCAGUGUGAGCAGUUAGCCAAGAAAUACGGAUUUACUCACAUGUCCACUGAUGACCUUCUCCAAAAUGAGUUAUCAUCAUUAUCAGAGAGAAGUAAAUUGAUCAAAGACAUGAUGGAAUGUGGUGAACCUGUGCCUGGCGGUAUUGUCCUAGAGCUACUGAAGGAAGCCAUGAUUUCCAAGUUAGGGGACACUAAAGGAUUCCUGAUCGAUGGUUAUCCCCGGGAGCUGAAAGAAGCAGAAGAGUUUGAGAAUAAGAUUGGGGAACCAAAACUUGUCUUCUCUCUGGACUGCUCUGCAGAAACCAUGAGCAGUCACCUUCUGAUGAGGAACCCAAGCAGUCAGCACUCUGGUAAUGCCGAAACCAUCAAGGAAGGAAUUGAAAGUUAUUACCAAGCAUCAAAACCUAUGAUUGCAUACUAUGAAAGGAAGACACAGUUAUGCAAGGUUGAUGCAGAAGGAACACAGGAUGUUUUUGUGGAAGUCUGCAAGACAAUCGACUCUUUUCUGAAAAAGGAGGAGGCAUAAUUUUCUUUUUCAACAGAAAAGCAGUAGUGGUGUGUACACAGCCCAACCUCACAUGUACUUGACAGUCACGAUUAAAAUGCUGUUCAAAGCAAUACUGCUUUCUUGAGGGGUAUCUGGACUUUGUGCAUGUGGUAUGUUAUUUUAGAUUUUUUUUUUCUCUGUUCUGAUAAUACAGUCAAUAGGAAGUGGUCUGUGUGCUAAGUCUACACUAAGAACUGUAUAUUGUCUUGUUGGUUGUUUGCUCUUUGCAGGUUAAAAGCAGCAUGGUGAACAGCACCUCUGGUUUGUGUUUCAUGAUCUCAUGCAUUGGAUUGGAGGUCAGACAGUGCCUGGCCAGCAGUGAGCUCUUCUGCCACGUCAUUCACCAUUUAAUGUAUUAACUUUAAGAUUACUGCUUACCAGUUUCCCAUGGGUUAUUUUUUUAAUUAACAGUAUUAAUUUUUGUGGUAUCACUUAGGUUGUUCUUGGGUUUUAAUAACUAGAAUCUGUUCUGUGUUACAUGCAGCUGUAAGACAGCUGGAAUCAGUCAAGCUACAAGUGGAACUUUUCAUACGUCCUCAGAACACUAUUACAACAAGAAGGAAAAAAUUCCACUAUCGUGGAAGUCUGUCAAUCCAUUAUCAUGCAGCAGACAUUUUUGGGACAGACUUGUCUUCUGCUGCAAAUUGUAGGAUAUUAUGACUUCCCAGUUUUGUGAGCUGAGGUGAAAAUAAUGAUUGUAUUGUAUAGCUGAAUGUGCAAUCCAGUCAUUAUCCCCAUUAUCGGCAGUUUUACUAUAUUAAUUAAAGUCCACAUAUAAAGCUGACUAUGAGCCAGAAUGCAAGAAACUGUCUUUAAACAAUACUUUGAAAGUAUUUCAAAUGCAAAAGUCAGAUCAUUUGUUGUCUUGGACUGGCAUUGCUGAAACUUUGGGGAGAGGAAAAAAUAAAACAAACAGGAAAACCAAUUCAUACUGCUUACAUCUUUAGGAAGCCAUUUAUCUGUAGUGUCUGAAAAGAAGUCUGUAAAAAUCGUAUUUCAUUAGGUUAACCAAAAUAUUGUGGAGUUUCUCUGGUAUUCUGAUAGCUAAAUAAAAGCAUGUUGAGAGUCCUGUAAA